AUGGCCGCCGUUAACGCCUCGGCUGUGGCUACCGCCAUUUCCGCCAUCGCUCAGCCCCGCAGCACGAGAAAGGCUGUGUCAGGCUCUGUGCACUUUAACCCGCUUAGAGUGACUGCCGCCCGACCAGCAGUGCGCGUUUCUCGCAGCAACGUCGCGGUGGUGCGCGCCGCGACGGAGGAGACGGCAGGCACGAUUCAAGGGUUCAUUGACGACGUGAAGGCCAAGUGGGACGGCGUGGAGGACAAGGGCACGUUGGCGCUGUACGCGGGCGGGUCCGUGGCCACCGUGUGGCUCUCCGCCACCAUCGUCAACGCCGUCAACGCCCUCCCCGUUGUGCCCAACGUACUGGAGCUGGUGGGCACCGUGUACUCGGGCUGGUUCGUCUACCGCUACCUGCUCUUCAAGUCGAGUCGCAAGGAGCUGGGUGAACUAGUUGAGGAUAUCAAGGCCCGCAUCACACGCGCCUGA